CGAACACUCAGGAUGUUGGCGCCAAAGAGGGGUUGUCAGGGAGGCGUCCCCCCCCUCCCUCUAUGCUGCUGCCCCCUCCAGCUCCCGCCGGCUCCUCCUCGCCGCCGCGCUGCCGUAUUCUGAGCUCGAGUCCCUUUGACCUGCCGGCGAAAGCCCCGAGACAGCAAGACACCGUCGUCUCUCCGCAGCCAUGGCGGCGCCUGUCGCGCUCGUGUGCACCCGGUGCCGCAGGGCGGGCCACGCGGCCAAGGACUGCCAGGUCCUGAGCUUCACGCGCAGGACGCCGGCCGAGCUCCGAGCAGAGCGGCUGGCGAAGCGCGCCGAGUGGGAGGAGAGGCAGGCCGAGAGGCAGGCGAGGCGUGCCGAGUGGGAGGAGAAGCAGGAGAGGUGGCACUCGAGGCAGGCGCAGCGCGAGAAGGAGCAGGAGAGGUGGGAGCUGUGCAGCCAGGCCACGGACGCCUCCACGGCGGCGACGACCGCGGCGAUGACGCCCGAGGACGAAGAGGAGGUCGAGCGCCGCGUGGCCGCGGACAGGGCCGUGCGGCGGCACGAGAAGGCGCUGCGCGAAAUCGCCAGGCUGGAGGGCCGCGGCGACCUCGACGCGCUGCAGAGGGCCAAGCUGCAGCGCCGGCCCGAGGUGGAGGCCGAGCUGUCGACCGCCAGGGGGCUCGCGGGGGCCCUGGCCCGGAACGAGCUGCGGCGGGCCGCCCGGGCGCGAGUGCAGUGGGGCCGCCAGCCGCCGGCGCGCGGCGGGCGCCGUGAGGGUGCGAUGUGCAGUGCGUAAAUGCCCCCCUUUCUUGUGCAGCCAGGGGGCGUGUGCGAUUGCGUCCUGUCUUCAGAGUGCGUUCGGCCAGAGUGCCUUCGGCUGGCCUCGGGCGCAGGCAGAGGCGCGAUCCGCCUCGUGCGGGAGCUCUUCUUCUGGCCGCGAGAGGUAGCGGCAUACUGUGUGGUGAGUUGUGUUUUGUGUGUGUGUGUGUGUUUGUGUGUGUGUGUGUUUUGUGUGUGAAGUCAGCUGUUCGAGGGUCUCGUUGCGAUAUUUCCACCGCCGCCUGGUUGCACUGUGUACCAGGACUCGGCGGACGACCGUUCACGUGCGAGUCAGCCGACGAAAGGCAGCGCACCCUGACUGCCUCGCGCCGUCCUUUACGGCUGCCUGUUACAGAUAUGGCGCGUAGGGCAGUGCUACGUUGCGAGUG